ACGGCAAGAUGCCGCGCAGGAAGGGCCCCCAGCACCCUCCGCCGCCCGGCGGCCCCGACGAGCCUGGAGAGAAGCGCCCCAAGUUUAGUGAUCCUCUUGACCAGUCAUCCUAGGAACUGUCAUUAGCAGAAAACCUGUCUGUAUGCAGAGCUACUUUUCCUUUUACGGAGAAGUAGAAUUGGCAGUUUGAGAAAUACGGGACCACAGGAAGAAGGCAUUUAAAUAUUAAGACACUGACGGAUGAUAUGAGGAAGUCAGCAUAGUUUCUACACCAAGAAUUGAUAUUACAUGUAUAGAAGUGAUGACAAUCAAGUAAUGAUUCAGAAGACAGGCAGAGGAACCAGCCCCAUUUCUUAAAACAACUUUUGGAUGUCCCUCGUGUUUUAAAACAAGUAUCAAGAAUUGGAGUACUGAUGUACAUAGAGACAUAACUUCUGGACAUACGUUCAUGUGGAGAUAAUUUUAUGUUUCUAGGUUAUUUCAAAGCAGGUAGACUUUAUGUUGCUGGACAAAUUUGCCAGCAUAAGAAUUCCAGGGAGCAAGAAAGAAAGGACUCCACUUUCCAACCUGAAGACUGCAUUUUCAAGUAAUGAUUGCUCUUCAGAGAUGAAUGAAAACAUUCUAAAACCACUGUCAGAGAAGGAACUCUUAGAGCUUUUUGAAAAGAUGAUGGAAGAUAUGAAUUUAAAUGAAGACAAAAAGGCACCAUUGCGGGAAAAGGACUUCAGUAUCAAAAAAGAAAUGGUGAUGCAGUACAUUAAUACUGCUUCCAAGACAGGAAGUCUUAAGAGUAGUCAACAGAUCUCACCUCAGGAAUUCAUCCAUGAACUGAAGAUGGGGUAUGCAGAUGAGAGGCUCCUCACGUGCUUGGAGUCCCUGCGCGUGUCUUUGACGAGCAAUCCUGUGAGUUGGGUGGAGAGCUUUGGAUGUGAGGGGCUUGGAUUAUUAUUGGACAUUUUGGAAAAGCUGAUCAGUGGCAAAAUACAAGAAAAAAUUGUAAAGAAGAAUCAGCACAAAGUCAUACAGUGUCUAAAGGCCUUGAUGAAUACCCAGUAUGGCUUGGAAAGAAUUAUGAGUGAAGAGAGGAGUCUUUCUUUGUUAGCCAGAGCCAUCGAUCCUGAGCAGACCAGCAUGAUGACGGAUGUGGUUAAACUCCUUUCUGCAGUGUGUAUUGUAGGGGAGGAAAGCAUCCUUGAAGAAGUUUUAGAAGCUUUAACAUCAGCUGGAGAAGAAAGAAAAAUUGACAGAUUUUCUUCUAUUGUGGAAGGUCUUCGGCACAAUUCAGUUCAAUUGCAAGUAGCGUGUAUGCAGCUCAUCAAUGCCCUUGUUACAUCUCCUGAUGAUUUGGACUUCAGGCUUCACAUCAGAAAUGAAUUUAUGCGUUGUGGAUUGAAAGAGAUAUUGCCAAAUUUAAAACGUAUUAAGAAUGAUGGCCUGGAUAUCCAACUUAAAGUCUUUGAUGAGCAUAAGGAAGAAGAUUUGAUUGAGUUCUCCCAUCGCCUUGAAGAUAUUAGAGCUGAACUUGAUGAAGUGAAUGAUCUUUACAACAUGGUGUGGAACACAGUUAAGGAAACCAGAGCGGAGGGAUAUUUCAUUUCAAUUCUGCAGCAUCUUUUGCUGAUUCGAAAUGAUAAUUUUAUAAGGCAACAGUACUUCAAAUUAAUUGAUGAGUGUAUAUCACAGAUUGUACUGCAUAGAGAUGGGAUGGAUCCAGACUUCACAUAUCGAAAAAGACUAGACUUAGAUUUAAGUCAGUUUGUUGAUAUUUGCGUAGAUCAAGCGAAACUAGAAGAGUUUGAAGAGAAAGCAUCAGAACUUAACAAGAAGUUUGAAAAAGAGUUUACUAGCCACCAAGAAACUCAGGCUCAAAUGCAGAAAAAAGAGGCAGAGAUUAACGAGCUUCAAGCAGAGUUACAAGCUUUUAAAUCACAGUUUGGUGCCUUGCCACCUGGUUCCUAUUUGCCUCCUUCAAAAGAAAAUGGAAGCGGCCCCCCGGCACCUCCUCCUCCCCCACCACUGUCCUCUUGUGGAGGCGCGCCACCUCCACCGCCACCUCCACCCCCGCCACUUCCAGGAAUGCCCAUGCCAUUUGGUGGUGGUCCUGUGCCUCCACCACCUCCCCUGGGAUUUCUCAGUGGACGAACGUCUCCCCCGCCACCAAUCCUGCCUUUUGGGUUAAAACCAAAGAAAGAAUUUAAACCAGAAACCAGCAUGAGAAGAUUGAAUUGGUUAAAGAUCAGACCUCAGGAAAUGACUGAAGACUGUUUCUGGGUAAAAGCAAAUGAAAAUAAGUAUGAAAAUGUGGAUUUGCUUUGUAAACUUGAGAAUACGUUUUGUUGCCAACCAAAAGAGAGAAGAGAAGAGGAAGAUUUUGAAGAGAAGAAAGCUAUUAAGAAAAGAAUUAAAGAGCUUAAAUUUUUAGAUUCUAAAAUUGCCCAGAACCUUUCAAUCUUCCUGAGCUCUUUUCGGGUGCCAUAUGAGGAAAUCAAAAUGAUGAUUUUGGAAGUGGAUGAAACACAGUUGGCAGAGUCUAUGAUUCAGAACUUAAUAAAGCAUCUUCCUGAUCAAGAACAGUUAAAUUCACUAUCUCAGUUCAAGAGUGACUAUAACAACUUAUGUGAACCUGAGCAGUUUGCGGUUGUGAUGAGCAAUGUGAAGAGACUACGGCCACGGCUCAGUGCUAUUCUCUUUAAGCUUCAGUUUGAAGAGCAGGUGAACAACAUCAAACCUGACAUCAUGGCUGUCAGUACCGCCUGCGAAGAGAUAAAGAAGAGCAGGAGCUUUAGCAAGUUGCUGGAACUUGUGUUGCUAAUGGGAAACUACAUGAAUGCUGGCUCCCGGAAUGCUCAAACCUUCGGAUUUAACCUUAGCUCUCUUUGUAAAUUAAAGGACACAAAAUCAGCAGAUCAGAAAACAACACUACUUCAUUUUCUUGUGGAAAUAUGUGAAGAAAAGUACCCUGAUAUCCUGAAUUUUGUGAAUGAUUUGGAACAUUUGGACAAAGCUAGUAAAGUUUCUGUAGAAACGCUGGAAAAGAAUUUGAAGCAGAUGGGAAGGCAACUUCAACAGCUUGAGAAAGAUUUGAAAAUCUUUCCCCCUCCUGAGGACUUGCAUGAUAAGUUUGUGACAAAGAUGUCCAGCUUUGUUAUCAGUGCAAAAAAACAAUAUGAGAAACUUUCAAAAUUACAUGAAAACUUGGACAAGUCGUACCAGAGUAUAAUGGGGUACUAUGCCAUUGACAUGAAGAAGGUGUCCGUGGAAGACUUUUUGACUGAUUUGAAUAACUUCAGAACCAUGUUCAUGCAAGCAAUGAAGGAGAAUUUCAAAAAAAGAGAAGCGGAGGAAAAAGAAAAACGUGCCAGGAUAGCCAAAGAAUUGGCAGAGAAGGAAAGACUUGAACGCCAACAAAAGAAAAAGCGCUUAUUAGAAAUGAAGACUGAGGGUGAUGAGACAGGAGUGAUGGAUAGUCUGCUGGAGGCCUUGCAGUCGGGGGCUGCCUUCCGCGACCGAAGGAAAAGGACACCAAAGCCUAAAGAUAUUCGGCAAAGUCUCAGUCCAGCAUCUCGGCCUGUUCUGAAAGUUUGUAACCAUGAAAAUCAGAAGCUGCAGUUGACAGAAGGGUCACGUUCACACUACAAUAUCAAUUGCAGCUCAACAAGGACUGCAGUCACCAAGGAGCUUAAUUAUAAUCUAGACACUCACACGUCUACAGGGAGGAUCAAGGCAGCUGAGAAGAAGGAAGCCUGUAAUGUAGAAAGCAACAGAAAAAAGGAAAUGGAACUUCUUGGCUCUGUUUCUGAAAACGAAUCCAUUCCCGAAGUUGAAGCCCUGCUGGCAAGAUUACGAGCUUUAUAAAUUAAACUGGUAAAAAAUGAUUAAGCCAAAUAUAAAGCCAUGCUCUGAGCUAUAACACUUGAAGAAAUUGCUUUUUAUAUAAGUGACUUUAUAUAGUUUUAAAUUAUGAUAUAUAUUAGAAAAAUAAAACUAAAUACAUGAUUGCAGUGCUUUUCCUAUGUACUUGAGGUUUUGGCUUAUUGAAGAUUGUAAUGGGCUUUAAUGCUUUUUUUGUCUCCUGGUGUUCAUGUGUUCUAUAUUUGGUGGUUGAAUUGUACAUAAUACUUUAGAGAACAGGUAGGUGGCCAUGUGUUCAGCAGUGUGUCCUUAAGAAAAUACCAUCUUUCCAAGUCACUGUAAUUUUUACUUUACUAUUUUCAACAUUAAUGAACAUCAAAUCAUCAGGCUCAAGUCUUGUUGUAUAUCCACGUAUAUUCCGUUAUUUAUAUAGGCCCAGGUUUCUCCUUAAUUGGAUCUGCAUGCUAUCAACGUUGCACGGAAAACAUAAAACUGAAUAUCACAGAGCUGUGAGGAAAUGAUUGGUAAGCUCAUUAUCGUCAUUGUUGAAUUCAUGUUAAUUAGACCCUGUAGGAGACUGUACAGCAAUUGAACACAUUUCCAAAAAUGAUGUAAUAGGAAUAUAUGCUCUCUCUUUGCAAAAUGUACAUGCUUUUGUAUAAAGUGGAUGUACACAGUAUUACAGUGCUGCCGAAACUCUUAGCCAAGAGAGCAUAUUUUCUCCCUGGUAAUUAUGACUCUGUGAUCAAAUUGCCCUUUUAAAAUUUCCCAAGUAACGAAUUUUUUAAUUUCUGUGAACAAAUUUGAAAUUACGAUUUCUUUAAUCUGACAAUCAGUAACUUUAACAAAGAUCUGAAGUGUUUCAAGGAACGUUUUCCUAUGCAAAUAUUGCAAUUUUACCUCAUUGGGGGCAUCACAUUAACUCUGUUAAUUCUAUAUCAAAGAAA